GGGAUAAUAAUUUUGUUGACCACUCCCAACCAAUAGCAGCGUGGACAGCGUGCAAACAGCAAUAGACGGGGAUACGAAGUCUCAUACAAGAAAGACAGGGUUGCACUGUGGUAACGAUAGUGGACGUCGAUGCUCUUUGUGGACAUCUCUGGCCGAUAACAAUAACAUUGGAUGACAAUUCAGAUAUUACAAUGAUUAACACGGCAAAAUACUUUUCCCUGUUGGAGAGUUUAAAGUUCGAACAGGCUCUAGCAAAUACGACAAAUGGAAUUCAGCCGGUUUCCGGUUCCUCAAUUGUUCAGAAUUUGAACAUUUUGGGGAAAUAUGCUAAACAAAACGUUGUGAAACAGCUGCAUAAGCUAUGCACAUUAUUCCAGCUGACCCCCGAAGAGGAGGCGAUCAUAGAUUGUUCAGAUCCCGCCAUAUGCUACGUUAUCCGUCUGCAGCAUGCGCUCCAGAUGCUCUUCUCGAACAUUAACUUUGAUAGCGAUGCCAAGGAGGACCUUAUAUCGGUGGCACACCUUAAGCUGUGCAUCCAAGCCACCCAGGAGCUGUCCUACUACGCACUCCGCUGCCAGUUGCAUGAGGAUUUCCUUAAAUCACCCAUUUUCAAAGAGGCACAGGGCAAAGUCAAAUGCAAUCCCUCGCUGCUACUCCUCAGCGUUCAGUUCUUCGUCCGACUGGUGCCCAUACGUCAAUUUCACAUAGCCAAUUCCAUGGAGCUAGUGCAGCGGGAUCUUCUGGCAGCCAUCAUGAGUCUACGCAUCCAAAUUAAUCGUCCGCAGCUGGAGGCAGCCCUCGCCUACCUCUGGCGACAUGAAUCCAAAUCGGAUUUUUUUCGGCAUCUGCUCUUACUGAAGGCCACUCCUCUGUGUCCCCCCUUGGCCAAGGCCCUGCACCAGCAGCUGCUGGGAAAGCUACAUGCACCGCAGGGUUAUGCCGGCUUCGUGGAUGCUCUGCAGCAGACACCGAAUGUGAGUGCCACGAGAAAUGCAGAGAUCGUUGCGAGUAUCGUGGCUAGGAAGGGCUACUCGCAGGCGAAACAGUAUGCAAUGAUGCUUCAGGUCCAGGACUAUUGUAGAUUAUCUCUGAUGGAUGCCAACAGAAUAGGUGUGGGUGUCCUGUCCUUGCGAAGACUCUAUGAGUUGGGUGCACAAAACCAGCAGAGGAUUGAGAAGUACCUGUCCUCCCAUUGGCAGGUGCUCAGUGAUCCGAAAGAUCUGAUAAGUGGUCUGUUCCUGAUGAACCAUGAGGAGCUAUGCAAUCGUAUCCAGCUCUGGCAACAUCUUUUCUGCAGCUCCAGCGUGGCAUGUCUGCCGAGUAAUUUGCUCACACGCUAUCUACCUCUUCUGCUCCAGCUGUACGAUGGCCUUCCCAGGGAGGUGCCUGCCAGGGAGCAGUUGGCUGUUAUCAUAUCCCGCUGCUUAGACAAUCGGGAGAGAGAUAAGGAGUUGCCUGCAAUAGUCCAACGUUUGUUCACGUGGGAUCUCGAAGAGGAACCUAUCUGGCAAUGCCUUCACCAUCGCAUAUUAAUCCUGCCCUCAACAGAAUCGGAUCGAAUUCAGGUAAAAGUAGCCCCUGCGGAUCACCAGAUAGACCAUGACAUGGGCCGGAUACUGCCCAGUCUAUUGAUGUCCAGUUCGCAUCAUGCUCUCACCUGCAAUGUAUUCCUGGCACUUUUGGGUUUCAUAGGCUGCCAAUUGAAGGAGAAAUCCACAUCAGGAGUGGAUUUCCUAUCCACGGAAACGGAACUCGUGGCCUUCCUAAAGCACAACUACCAAUUAAAACUAGAUCUGCUGAUAGCUCUCAAUCAGUUGGUGUCCCAUCAGCCGUUGCGAGCACAGUUGGCGAUGCAAACCAAAGAAUUCCUGCGGCUGCUCAAGGAUUUACUGCAGCAGCGAUUGACCGCAGAAGAGGAGGCCACUGAUCAGACCCUACUUCUCAUUCUCAACCUUCUGCAGGAGCUGUUAGAACGCAGUGAGGAUUUGCAGCUGACAGAGAGCACAAGAGAGCUGCAGGAGCAACUCGGCAAGCUAGGAGCUCUGUCAGUCAAUCGCUUGAUCAAGCAAUCAGUGGAAUCCCUGCUCAAUAUAUUGCAUGGCGAGUGGCGGCCAAGUGAAGCCCUCAAAUUGCAGCCAUUUCAGAAAGCGCGUUCCCUCAUCGAGGAGAAGGAAUCACAUCUGCAGGUCUAUGGCAUACAAAUGUUGUUGGACCUCCUGCAGCGGAAGGACCCCGCUACAAUGGCCCAGGGUCAUCUAAUCAUAGCCCUGGCCCUCAGCACACUCAAGGACAAGGAGUCCUAUACAUUCCUGAAUUGUGUGCGACUCUUUGUGGCCCUGGUUCAUGUGAUGGAAUCCGAAGUACUGGACAAAUUGAGUGACGAGUAUCUGUCGGAGACGGCCGAUCUGGACUAUCGUCUGGUGGUGGGAGAGGCUAUCCUGAAGGCCUCGCAGGAGCUGGGUCCCCUAUGCUAUCGGUACAAGGGUGUGCUCCUCAAUUGCUUUAUGCAUGGCUCGCGGUCGCCUCUCCACGAUUUUCGCACGUCCGCCUUUGCAAAUCUCGCCCAGCUUUGUCGCCUACUGGCCUACCAGGUGCAGAACUUUUUCCAGGAGCUGCUGGAUCUGAUCAACAGCGAACUGAGUGCCACAGGAGGAUAUCUGUCUGCCAAGCGGGCUGCUGUCUUUGUUUUAGCUGAACUCCUGAAUGGCAUGGAUAAUCUCAUUGCCUACCAGGAAAUGCUGCUACCCAUUUAUCGUCUCCUGAGAGCCAUUGAAUCGGAGGAAUCGUGUGACCCAGCCAUGCGUCUGCAUGCGGCCAAUGGUCUAAAGAUCUUGAAUGACAAGUGCCGGCAGCUAAUCCAGACCUGUCUAGAAGCGCAAUCCUUGCACAAAGAAAUAAAGGUGAUGGGUAUCAAGGAUAAGCCUUCAGCAAGGAGAAACCCUCACAUUUUGGAACUGAAUUAGAGGUUUUAUAAAAUAAAAUAACUUUUAAAUGCAAGAGCAAUGCUUAAGAUCAAA